UACAAGUGACUACAUCGUUUCAUCUCGUUUUAACGUAUGGUUGUGACUUGAAGGCGCUAACCGCUAUACAUGUAUGAAAGUAAAUAGGAUAUCUAUAUAUUCGUGUUAUCGUAUUUUUGCAAUUUGCUUUAUUGUUGCUGUCUUUUCGGAUAAAAAUUGUGCUUUCCUGAACUUCAAAUGGGGAAAUAUGCGAAGUAUACUAAGCAUUACCGUAAAGAAUGGGAGAAAGAAAAAGACUUUAAAGGAUGGUUGUGUCGUGCACCAGAGGCAUUAAUAUUAGCUGGAAAAGGCGAAGCCUAUUGUAAAAUUUGCCAGUCAACUGUACGUGCCCAUAAAACUGAUUUACAAAAACAUUUAUUAACAAAAGCUCAUCAAAGUAAAGCGACAGCAUUGGACACUAAAAUACAAAAGUCGCUAACAGUCUGUGGUGUUCAAACUUCUAAUACCAAAAUGACUGAAAUUAAGUUGUGCAUGCACAUGGCAGCUCACAACUCAAUAAAAAACAUAGAUCAUUUAAGUGAAUUGUUAAAAGAGUGUGGAAAGGGCAGCGAUUUAGAAAAACUGCGGCUGCAUAGAACAAAAACUUCUAAGAUAAUAUUGAAAGUCAUAUCGCCGGCCAUGUUUAAAGAAAUGAUUGAAGAUAUUGGAAAUGAGCCCUUUUCAAUAAUAUUAGAAGAGUCUACUGAUGUGUCUGACAUUAAAUACAUGGCAUAUUGCAUACGAUAUUUUAGUAAGAGACUAAAUACAUUUGUAGUGGAUUUUCUCGGUUUCAGCGAAAUAUUUGAAGCCACUGCCGAAAAACUUUAUGAACAUUUUAUGGAAUUCAUGUCUGAAACAGGACUGAACUACAAAAAUAUGAUUGGCAUAGGAACGGAUGGUGCGAACAAUCUUUGUGGCAAGAGUCACAGCUUGUAUACGUUAUUAAAAGAAAAGAUUCCACAUUUACAAUUGAUAAAAUGCGUUUGCCAUUCCUUAAAUUUGUGUGCCUCCAACGCAAGCGACGAAUUACCAUGUAGAGUCGAAUUUUUACUACGAGAAACGAGAACAUGGUUCUCUCACAGUCCUCUUCGUCAAAUGAGGUACAGCAAAAUGUAUCAAUUAAUUAAUGCCGGAAAACAACCACCUAAACUGAUUCAAUUAUCUUCGACGCGUUGGCUUGCUUGGAGUGAAGCUGUUUCUACAAAUAUUAAACAAUGGCUGGAGCUGAAACAACACUUUCAAUUGGCGUCAAAAACCCAAGACGAUAAAUGCUAUACAGCAAGAACGCUUGCAAAUAUGUACGAAGACGACAGUAAUUUACUAUGUUUACUUUUUUUAGAUGGAAUUUUAAAAGACGUUACUAAUUUAAAUCUUGCAUUUCAAAAAACAAAUGCUGAUAUUACAAAAUUAUAUGCUGACUUACACAUGCUACUUAUGUUGUUGGUAAGAAGAAUUAUAAAACCUUAUUUGAAACAUCAGAGAACGUCUUCUAUACUGCAUCAAGCAAACAUAGAUGAUGUAGCGAGAGCUUUGGAAAAGGUGCAUCAAGAUUUUGAAAAUGUCCUUCUUCCCCUAGAAUCGUUGUCCAAGAAAGAUGUGUGGCCUACGAUUCGUCUUUGUAACGAACUUGUAAAAAGAUUGCCAUACAAUCUCCCUACAGUGGAAAGUUUGCGUUACUUGACACCUGAAAUGUGCCUAAAUCAAUUAAAUACAUCAUAUAGAAAUUUACCAUGGGAGCUAGCUGGGAUAGGACUGAACUACAAAAAUAUGAUUGACAUAGGAACGGAUGGUGCGAGCAAUCUUUGUGGCAAGAACCACAGCUUGUACACGUUAUUAAAAGAAAAGAUUCCACAUUUACAAUUGAUAAAAUGCGUUUGCCAUUCCUUAAAUCUGUGUGCCUCCAACGCAAGCGACGAAUUACCAUGUACAGUCGAAUUUUUACUACGAGAAACGAGAAAAUGGUUCUCUCACAGUCCUCUUCGUCAAAUGAAGUACAGCAAAAUGUAUCAAUUAAUUAAUGCCGGAAAACAACCACCUAAACUGAUUCAAUUAUCUUCGACGCGUUGGCUUGCAUGGAGUGAGGCUGUUUCUACAAAUAUUAAACAAUGGCUGGAGCUGAAACAUAACACUUUCAAUUGGCGUCAAAAACCUAAGACGAUAAAUGCUAUACAGCAAGAACGCUUGCAAAUAUGUACGAAGACGACAAGAACGUCUUCUAUACUGCAUCAAGCAGACAUAGAUGAUGUAGUGAGAGUUUUGGAAAAGGUGCAUCAAGAUUUUGAAAACGCCCUUCUUCCCCUUGAAUCGGUAAAUUUUGGACAUCGAUUUGAAUCAUAUGCUGCAAAGAAGACUAUUUCACAAACAUCUUUAAAAGUUAUCCAAGAAAGAUGUGUGGCCUAUACGAUUCGUCUUUGUAACGAACUUGUAAAAAGAUUACCCUACAAUCUCCCUACAGUGGAAAGUUUGCGUUACUUGACACCUGAAAUGUGUCUAAAUCAAUUAAAUACAUCAUAUAGAAAUUUACCAUGGGAACUAGCCG